CCAACAUCACGGAGAAAGUGAAACAACCCCAAUCUGAUUGGUCUGCACAAGAAGAAAAAAAAAAAUCACCCGCGCGAGCUGUCUAGCAACGGUCAAGAAAAUAGGGAGCGCAAAUAAACAGUGCAAACUCGAGAAGUGAGGGGAGUACAUUUUUGAUGAAUGAUAAAAGUCUGCAAGGUGAUUGAUUGUGUUGUAGAUUUGCCUUGGAAAUGGACAUUGACAAUGCCGACGACGUGCAGGCAGGGCUGGACUCUGUGGAGGCUGAGCUGGAGGUGGUGAAGCUGCAGAUAGCUGAGCUGCUGGAGAAGCAGGCUAGCCUGACCUCCAAGAGGAAACAGCUGCUCCGCAGGCUGGAAGAGCCAUGUGACUCCACCCAGCCCUCUGGAUCUGGACCUGCAAUGACCAAGCAGGAGCUGCUGCGCUAUGAGAAUGAUGAUUUCUCGUGGUCAACAGAGCUGGAGCAGAAUCUGAAGGAUGUCUUCCAGCUCUCUAAGUUCCGUCCUCUCCAGCUGAAGGCCAUCAACCUUAGUAUGUCUGGUAAAGACCUCUUUCUAGUGAUGCCCACUGGACGAGGGAAAAGCCUCUGCUAUCAGCUACCUGCAGUCUGCUCUGAGGGUUUCACUCUGGUAGUAACUCCUCUAGUGUCUCUGAUGGAGGAUCAGCUCAUGUACUUAAAGUCCAUCGACGUUGAAGCCGUCUCUCUCAACGCAUCCAGCAGUAAGGAACAUGCUAAAAUGGUCCUAGCGGAGUUGACGGACUCCAAAGCGCCUUUUAAGCUGCUGUAUGUGACUCCAGAGAAGAUAGCGAAGAGCAAGCUGCUGAUGUCGAGGCUGGAGAAGGCCUACAACGCAGGCAGGCUUAGCCGUAUUGCUGUGGACGAGGUGCACUGCUGCAGCCAGUGGGGACACGACUUCAGACCUGACUACAAGCUCCUGGGAAUCCUGAAGAGGCAAUUCCCAAAGGUUCCGUUGCUAGGGCUGACGGCCACGGCAACCGGCAGUGUUCUAAAGGACUGUCAGAAGAUCCUGUGUGUCCCUGAGCCAAUCACACUCACCGCCUCCUUCAACCGCACCAACCUCUACUACGAGGUACGCCUUAAAGACUCGAACAGUGAUGAUUCAGUCAGUGACAUCUCCGCACUGAUCAAGGAGAGAUAUAAGGACCAGUCAGGGAUAGUGUACGUGUUUUCCCAGAAGGAUGCGGAGACGGUGUCAGCAGACCUACAGAAGAAAGGCGUCAAUGCAUCUCCAUACCACGCUAACAUGAAUCCAGAGGACAAGUCACAGGUUCAUCGCAAAUGGGCCACCAACAAGAUCCAGGUGGUGGUAGCUACUGUGGCGUUCGGGAUGGGGAUCGACAAGGCUGACGUCAGAUUUGUCAUCCAUCACACCAUCAGCAAGUCCAUAGAGAACUACUAUCAGGAGAGCGGACGAGCAGGCAGAGAUGAUAAGCCGGCUGACUGCAUUGUGUACUUUGGCUUCAACGACAUCUUCAGGAUCAGCACCAUGGUUGUCAUGGAGAACGUAGGACAACAGAAGCUGCUGACCAUGGUCGACUACUGUCAGAAUGUGGACAGGUGUCGGCGCUCAGUGAUCGCUGUUCACUUUGAUGAGGUUUGGGACGAUGAAGGAUGCAACGAGAUGUGUGACGUCUGUCGCCAUGGCAAUGACUACAUCACGGUGGACAUCACGCAGCAUGCUAAAGAUGUGGUCCAGAUUGUGGAGCUGGCGGGCUCUCUGGAUGAGAAACUGACCCCCCUGAAGGUGACCGAGGCGUGGAUGGGGAAGGGUCCGGCCAAACGCAGGAAGAUGAUCCAGACCACCACCCUGUCUCGCCUGGAGGUGGAGGCCAUCAUCACAAGCCUACUGCUGCAGGGCUACCUCAGUGAAGACUUCAGUUUCACUCCAUACACCACCUACUUCUACCUGAAGCUGGGUGGUAAGGCACCACUGCUGAAGAACCAGAGUCACUCCAUUACCAUGAAGAUGAGGAGGACAGGCCUGGACGCCAACACGGUCAGUACUACACAGCAAACGGUAAAAGUGUCCCAGGUAAAGACCAAAGAAGGAAAGAGAUCUGGUGACAAUGCUGCAAACUCCCCUGUCACCAAGAAAGUCAAGAGAGACCUCUAGUGCCCCCCUGAAGAGACCAAAGAAAAAGAGGACCAAUUAGCUGCUGGAGUUAAAGAGGUGGUGGUGACCUCCCAGUCUCCUCCUCCCGUUGCCCCCAACAACAGCAGCACUCCCCAUCCCAGACACAACAAACUGAUCAAGAUGGAUAAAGAGCAGCAGAAUCUGGCCAGGAAACAAGACAAGGACCAUGAACAGACAGAAAGUCAGACAGGGUACGACCAGAAUGACCCUGCUGCUGCCCAGCCCACUGCCAUUGAAGUAGACGUAGAGAUCAAUAUUAUAGAGAAUGUUAAUGACAGCGAAUCCCCACUACCACCAUUAAAACUAAAUUCAAAACCUAAAUCAACAACCCCUCAAAAGAAGCGAAGGAAACCCUGUACUGCUGCGGUCCCAGCUCCUUCAGAAGGUGCAGUUACAGACUCUGACCACCGGAGGCCAGCAUUGGUCAACUCUCCCUCCCAGGUCUCCAUCAUCUCGGAGGCUGCAGUGGAGGAGCUCUGUGACCUGAGGAACUACUACAGCAAACAGCUGAGGCGGAUAAACUACAUUUCCCAUGAGUACUUGCAGAAUCAGGGGUGCUCAGACCCAGGGGUGCUGGCCUGUAUCAGAGAGCCACUAAAGAGCCUGCGCCUCCCCCGUGGCUCAACCAUCGCCCGGACGGCACGCAACCUGUGGACCAGAGUCAGCUCCAGAAGGAAACUCAUCCAAAGAUGAACCUUGACCUUACAUGGGACAGUUAACAUUCAGAUGUGGACAAUACUGUCUCUCUCUUUCACGUCUCACAUUGCCAGACCUAGAGCCCUGGGGCAGACAAAUCUACUUUUUUCUGUGCCACUUAAUGUUCUAUUUUUCUGGAUUGGCUUUGACAGAGAAUAUCCCCAUCCAAGUUAGUUUGUAAUAUUUUACGGUUGGAUUGAUUCCACUGUUAGCCUAAGAUGAAGAGCUGUUUUUGUUGACAUUUCAAUAUUUUAAUUUGGAUAAACUAACUCGCAUGAACUGAAAGGUUUGUUGAACUGAAGAAUGUUUUCACAAUGUCACUUUUUUUAUAUUCGAACAUUCCCUAAUCUAACAGCCACAAUGUGCACGCUAGUGAAUUUAAUUCACUCUAAUACGGUUUAUAAUACUGCACUGCAGCUUUGGAAUAAGAAGGUCCAUUCACAUUUGAGGAACACAGUAUAUAUCUUUAGCUAUCAUUAAUAAAAAUCUGAUUUUAAAAUGUAAAUGUUUCAUGUGACCAUUUCAAUUUUAAUCUUUUGGUUGUAAAGUUAGUUUUUGCACCCUCUUCUGGUAUAUUUUCAAAUAAUUCCUUUUGAGUUACACAAACUCCCCAAAAACACAGUAAGAGCACUGAUCAGGAAAAUAAUUACAUUAAAACGAUAAUAUUGAAUCUACAAACGCUGUAAAAAAUGUGUUGAAUCUGCUUAAAUUAAGGCAACAAUUUAAACAAUAUUAUUGAGUAGAUGUAAUUAUCUUUUGUUUUUGAAGAAAAACAAGUUAUUCAAAUGUACACAAUUAAAGUCCAGGGAAAUAAUAAUAGUAAUAAUAUGAAUGAGAUUUACUUCAUUUCUGAUUAGUUACUUUCAGUGAUGGUGUCUUAACAAAUACAUUAAACAAUGUUAAACAUUGAUUUGCCAUUUACCAGCUUUGGCAGGCAUUGUAAAGUGCUCAAUCCAUCUGCAGUAACUGGAGGUAGAACUGCAAGCAUUACAAUGUGCUGCAUUUGCCUCUUGUUUAGGGUGCUGAUGGUGGAAAUGAGUGGUCUCACAAUUGAAUGUCAAUUUGUCUGACCGUUUUGAUAUCCAUUCAUCAUGAUCCAUUACACCUUAUUGCACAACAAGCUGCUUAAUACUAAUAUAGAAAUAGACUUUUCUUCAAACAUGUAUACAACUUUGUGUAAAAGAAACAGUCUACAAAUGUUGAAUUACCCACAAUUCUGUAAAAACAGCCAUUAAUUUAAAUAAAUUCUCUCUUUGGUUAUCCUCAA